CCUUCUAGUGCUAUUUUUGAGACAUAAACUUCAAAAGGUGCUAUUAUUGACAAUUGCCCAAAACAGAAUUAUAAGGAAAAAUAAAGAAUUGUAAAGUUUAAAAGGAAAAAAAACAAAGGAAUGUAAAGGCAAAAAUGCAAGUGUAUCCUGGCAUUAGUUUGGGUUGGUGUACUUCUUCUUGUGUUUCAUGUGCUUUGGCUGAUUUUCUAUGCUUUAUUUUCAGUUCCCUACACUUCUUUUUCAGUAUACGUACUGAUCUAUUUUUGAUAGAUUUACUAGUGUAAUGUGAAUUCUAAAGUGGGUUGACUUUACUAUGGACGACAUGUUGGAGGAGAAGCUACCAGAUGAAAGAGAUCGCACAGAACAAAAUUCAAACUACCAAAGAAUCUAAGAUGAUAGAAGACCUUGUCAUUUGCUUAACCCAUUUAUGUUUGACUCCAAACAAAACUCUAAGGGUAAUGCUUUUGUAGUUCAUACCCGUAAACAAUGAAAGAAAUUCAUUCGCUACUAAACUCGGUUUUUGCUUUGAGCUCAAAGUACAAAUGCACAUGGUCUCCAUAAUGUUUUGGUAUUAAAAACUCUUUUUUUUUUCUGUUGAACACUUAUUUUGUGACCCAAUAUUAACAAUAUUCGGAUAUUAAUAUCAAAUUAAAAUUAGGGCCUUUUAUCGAUAUUACACAUGACCCAACAUAUCUUUAAAUAAGCCUUUUGAUUAUUGACAACUACGGCCUAAGCCCAGUGAAACUAUAAGCCCACUUUGGAAAUACAUCGUAUGCUCUACACGGUGUGGACCACACCUAGUAGAAUUUGAAAUUUUCAACGUAAAAUCUUUACGGGCUCGAGGAAAAUUCUUAUCUGGAUCCCCCAAAUUUUAAAUUAUAAAAACUUUUGCAAAAAAAGUAUUUUGUGGAGUUUUAUCACGUGGCGUAACCCUGCCACUUAUCAAAUCUGCCGUCAGUAGAAGAAAACCGCCGUUUACACUUUAAAACAAAGCAUAUGGACCGUUGAUCGUGUGAACUCAAACCCGAAAUAAACGGGCGUGAUAACGGAGAACGUGACCAUCCAACAUCUAACGAGAAGAAGACAAAAAAGAAAACAAAAGCACAUGACAUGAUUCUUUCACCCUUUCGUCUACCAAUCUCGAUCCCUCUUUCUCUUCUUCAUCUUCUCUACUUCAAUAGUUUAACAUGAACAUUUUCAUUGAAUGAGAGAUACAAUGGCAGGAAGUGAGAUUCAAGAACCCUUUAGCCUUAGUUUUCAGGAGAGUUCUAUACACUCUGGAUCGAUAUCGUUUGGGAGAUUCGAGGAAGAAGGGUUAUCAUGGGAGAAGAGAUCAUCAUUUUCACACAAUAGGUAUCUUGAAGAAGUUGACAAGUGCUCUAAACCUGGCUCUGUUACUGAGAUGAAAGCUCAUUUCGAAGCUCAUUUCAAGAAGAGAGGGAUGCGACUUCCGUCUUCUAUUGAAUCUCAGACUUGGGGUGUUCGGCAAACAGAUGAUGACGCAACUGAAAGUUUCGAGGAUUAUCGAUCUGAUGGGAGUUUCUCGGAUAACACGAGUCGAUCACAGAGUCCUUGUAACUACAUACUUGACCAAGGAAAGAGUCAGUGUGAGUAUGUUGAGGAAAGUGAUCACUGUGUGAGCUAUGAUGAGAUUGUUGUGAACUCGGAUGAUGUGAUCGAGCUUGAUGAAGAAGGCGGUGUAACUCUUGAUGUUUCUUUGGACAAUGAUGAAGUAGUUCCAGUGGAGUGCAUAUCUAUUAAAGAAGUUAGAUCUGAGGUUCUUGGACCACAAGAGAUGCCUCUAGAGAUCGAAGUUCGAGAUGAUGAUGAGGAUAAAAAGCAUUGCGCUGAAGUUCAAGAAACAGAAUCAAGACUCGUUGAACAUGUUCCAGAAAAGGCAUCUGAUGUUACGGAAAGACCCUCCUCUGCAUGUGAACCAAAGUCUCUGCCAAAUGCAAAACCUAUUAUUCCUAAAGCUGUGGAUGUAACUCCAAAAGCUGUUUCCGGGAGGACAAAGGGUUCCUAUUUAAGUGCUAAUUCUAAAACAAAAGUUGAUGAUGCCAAGAGCCAAAAGGAACUACGACCGAAGAAAACUGUUGAAUCUCGACCUUCAACAUCUAAGAAAAUAGAGACUCGAACUCCUCUUGCCACAAACAGGCCCAAGACUGGUUCUUAUUCUGCUAAGCUGGAGAUGUGUACAGGUGCUACCAGUUUCCGUUUCAAAUGUAGCGAACGAGCUGAGAAGAGAAAAGAGUUCUAUAUGAAACUGGAAGAGAAAAUACAUGCUAAAAAGACAGAGACAAACCAGGUUCAAGCGAAAACACAGCAAAAGGCAGAAGCUGAGAUAAAGCAAUUCAGAAAAAGCCUCAACUUUAAGGCAACACCAAUGCCUUCAUUCUACAACACCGCUACUAGACCGGUGUCUCGUUACAAGACCGAGCCAUCUAAAGUGGCACCGUCAAGACCACGAAGCACGACCUCAGCCUCAAGUACGAACAGGAGGGUCUCAAGAGUUGGUGAUAAACAUGGUACUGAAGAAGGUAAGAUGGUAAAGGCAACGGUGGGUAAUAGAAAACCGAGUGCAGCUAAAGAUUCGGGUUUGCAAAAGGGUAACUUUAUGGCCGUUGAAACAAAACAGAAGGUUGGUAAGAGCGGGAACUAAACGGACAUGUGGUAGUUGGAAUACUGCGUCGUCUUCUGUUACCAUCUAUUAUCAUCCUAUGCUUUUAUCAUUCUCUUAAGCUUAAACUUGUAACUUAAGUACGUGUUAUCCAAUAAGAAAACUCUGCAUAGUAAUAUUUUAAAUCCUGACAUAAAACAAUGAAUCUUGUCUAAGUAAAUGGAUAAUAAUUAAAUAAAUUUAAAUGAGUUUGCAAGU